UUUAUUUUAACCAAGCAUUUCAGAAGCAACAGCUGCUAUUGAAUAUUCUUGUCCAAGUAUUUUGAACUGGCUGGAAGAUGAAUUUCCUGUAUUUUUUGUUCAUUGUCAUAAUUUCCCUCUGCUAUUCAUAUGGAGAAAACAGUUGGUCAGGCAAUGUAUGUGCAAGAAGGAUAUUAAAAUACAGAACCAGCUAUUACUGCAGCUGUAAAAGAUUAUGGUGGUGUUGUGGGCGGAGUGCAAGAAAUACUCCAUACUACUCUUCAGAAAUGGCAUGUUGCCCUGGUUGGAUGCAUACUGGUGAUAAAAAUUGUUCUACAGCUAUUGUUGAGAGAAGUAAACAAAACACAACAGAAGGUUUAUCCCAAGAAAAGACUAGCGAGGAAGCAACAACUAUGUUCACUGAGACAACGAUGGAUGUCAAAACAAAUGAUGAUAUGACAACAAUAUCCCCUAUGACUACAUCAGCAAAUACCAAACAGACGACACAACCACGACUUGAAGGAAAUGAUGCUAUUAAUGAGAGAAUCACACAAAGCAAAAUGGAAAUGUUAUCCCAAGAAAUUACUACCAAGCUUAUGACCAGUGAGGAAGCAACAACUAUGUUCACUGAGACAACGAUGGAUGGCAAAACAAAUGAUGAUAUGACAACAACACCCCCUAUGACUACAUCAACGAAUUACAAACAGACGAAACAACCACCACUUGAUGGAAACGGAAAAUCUGAGUUUGAUUGCCCAGAGGAGUUUGGAUAUUUUCCUGAUAGUACUGACUGUAACAAAUUCUUCGUAUGCACCUGGAAAGACGGAUUUGCAGUUGACUGCCCACCAGGAACUCACUGGAAUCAGACCAUUACAACUUGUGACAUGGGAGAAGAUUGUUAACAAUAAAACUUAUACAGUA